CGCACAUCGAUCACAGCUAGCUCGUUGAUCUCUCUCGCCAAUCGCCAUGGAUGAGUCCAGGAGGGCGUCGUUCCUGCCACUUCUCUGCCUCUUCUUCCUCCUCCUCGCCGCCGCGGCGCCGGGGUGCGCGGCGUACAACCCGCGCAUGCUGUUCCUGGUGAAGCCCGACCCGAUCGUGCUCCAGGACCACCACGGCUCGCUGCUCACGGGGAACCUCACCGUCAACAUCCUCUACUACGGUCGCUUCGCCCCUGCGCAGCGCGCCAUCGUCGCCGACUUCGUCCGCUCGGUCUCUGCGCCGACGACCCGUGCCGCGCAGGCCGGCCCGUCCGUGGCGUCCUGGUGGCGCGUCACCUCGCUGUACCGCGGCGGGGGCGCGCGCCUCCGGCUCGGCCGGCAGCUCCUCGACGAGCGCAUGUCGCUCGGCCGGUCCCUCUCGCUGGAGAACGUCACAGCACUGGCGAAGGCCGCGGGGCACCACCGCGGCGCCAUCACGGCCGUGCUCACGGCGCCCGACGUCCUCGUGGACCCCUUCUGCAUGUUCCGGUGCGGCGUCCACGACCACGCUAGCGCCGGCGCGCACGGCAGGGCGCGGUACACCUACCUGUGGGCGGGCAACCCGGCCAAGCAGUGCCCAGGCCAGUGCGCGUGGCCGUUCGCGAGGCCCGUCUACGGGCCACCGAUGCCGCCGCUCGUGUCGCCGAGCGGCGACGUCGGCAUGGAUGGCGUGGUGAUCAGCCUCGCCGCGCUGCUCGCUGGCACGGUGACCAACCCCUACGGGGAGGGGUACUACCAGGGCGACUUGGGCAUGGAGGCCGCGACGGCGUGCACCGGCAUCUUCGGCAGCGGCGCUUACCCCGGCUACCCGGGGACGCUACUCAAAGAUCCUGCCACCGGCGCGAGCUACAACGCCGUCGGACUGGGCGGCAGGAAGUACCUGCUCCCGGCGCUGUGGGACCCGACGACGUCCAAGUGCAGGACGCUUGUGUAAGCGUUGUGUGCGAGGCACGACGCGCGUGAGACCGAGGAUGCAAAACGGAUGCUCUAGCACUCCAGAUGCAUGAGAUCACGAAGAAAAAUAAAUGACUCGUUUAUUAAUUUCCUGCUCCGAGUAGUACUAUUUCACUUCGUUUUGCAUGUACUUGUCUCGUUUGAUUAAUUUGCUCUUUGGGCAGGAGAGGUUGUAUUGUACUCUAUGAGUUUCAUGCAUCGUAGGAUGCCAAUGUUAAUGGUUUUUGCAUGCAUGUUCUAUUACGUGCGUGCUUGUGGAAAUAUUGGAUGCUUUUGGCU